GGAUGUGCUAUAUUGUUCUGAAAGAAGGCGUUGACCUAAAAAGUGUAUUGUUUGUUGUAAUCAGUAAUACAACAAUCUGUUACUUUCAGCGAGGACAGCGCCUUGUCAUUAACCAUGGCAGACUCUACAAUAAAAUCCAUUAUUUCGUUACCAGACGAAAAAAUUGAUAUGCUUGCUGCCACAAGUGUACUCCAGCAACAGGCUACAGAAAUUAGAAAUCAGCGUGUGAAUUGGCAGUCAUACCUACAAUCACAAAUGAUUUCUCAAGAGGACUAUAGUUUUAUAGUGGCAUUUGAUAAUGCUGAUGCUCAAGCUCGUGAGAAGCUACUGAAAGACAAUAGGAAUCAGGCUGCCAAGACAUUUUUGAACCUCCUGGGGCAUGUGUCAAAAGAUCAGACAAUUCAGUAUAUUUUAAUAAUGAUUGAUGACAUGUUGCAGGAAGAUCGAAAACGUGUUGAAAUAUUCCAUGAGCAUUGUGCCAAAAAGAAGGAAUCAGUUUGGGGGCCUUUCCUGAAUCUUCUCAACAGACCUGAUGGUUUCAUAGUAAAUAUGACAUCAAGAAUUAUAGCAAAGAUUGCUUGCUGGAGCCAAGACUUAAUGGACAAGUCUGACUUGCAGUUCUACCUUGCAUGGUUGAAGGACCAGCUAAAACAGAAUAGUGAAGCGCUAAAGGAUGCGACUUUGCAUGCGACACCUGCAGCAGAGGAAUCUUCAUCUGGCACUGCUCCUGUUUCGACAGCUGAGCAUCCUGAGGAAAUUCGGAACAAUGAGUAUAUGCAGUCAGUUGCUCGCUGUCUACAAAUGAUGUUACGUAUUGAUGAGUACAGAUUUGCAUUUGUGUCUGUGGAUGGCAUUUCUACUCUUAUUGAUGUGCUCCAAGGAAGAGUAAACUUUCAAGUCCAGUACCAACUCAUCUUUUGUCUAUGGGUACUUACUUUCAAUCCACUACUUGCUGAAAAAAUGAAUAAAUUCAAUGUAAUUCCUAUUUUGGCUGAUAUACUGAGUGACUCAGUAAAGGAAAAAGUCACAAGAAUUAUACUGGCUGUAUUCAGGAAUCUUAUUGAAACGCCAGAAGACAGCCAAGUUUCAAAGGAACAUUGUAUUGCUAUGGUACAGUGUAAAGUGCUUAAGCAGUUGAGUAUCCUGGAACAAAGAAAACUUGAUGACGAAGAUAUAGUUUCUGACAUUGAAUUCCUCAACGAGAAGCUUCAAGCAUCUGUGCAAGAUCUGAGUUCUUUUGAUGAGUAUGCCACAGAGGUGAAAUCAGGUCGGUUGGAGUGGAGUCCUGUCCAUAAAUCAGCAAAAUUUUGGCGUGAAAAUGCAGGCAGGCUCAAUGAAAAAAAUUAUGAAUUGCUUCGUAUAUUAAUUCAUCUGCUGGAAACCAGCAAAGAUCCAUUAGUGCUGAGUGUUGCUAGCUUUGACAUUGGUGAAUACGUGAGACACUACCCAAGAGGGAAAACAGUGAGUAUUUGUCCGUUCAACUAUGUAAUUGAACAGUUGGGUGGUAAACAGUUGGUGAUGCAGUUACGGCAUGAGGACCCAAAUGUUCGUUAUGAAGCUCUGCUCGCAGUACAGAAAUUGAUGGUUCAUAAUUGGGAAUACCUUGGAAGACAACUUGAGAAAGAACAGACACAAGGCACAAAGCCAACUACAAGCACUGCAUCAUUGUCAGUAAAAUCGUAGACCUAGUACAUUUUUAUACCUUUAAAUGCCUUGGAUAUGCUGAUUACGAUUCAGGUGAUUGGGAUUUAAGGAAAGAAAUUUGAAUGUGGUGUUUAGAUUAUGGUGUAUUCAGUAUUAAUGCUCAGAAAUCUAGGCUAAAGAGCAUAUUGCAGUGUCUGAAUUUGUGUUGAACCUUAUUUACAUUCCAUUGGAAAUGUAAAGUAUUGUAUUAUAACAGCUAUUACACAGAUUUUUUAAAUUAUAUAUUGUAUAAUUUUAACUAAAGUUACAAAUAAAUAUGUAAAUAAAGUGUGUAGAUAUUGAAAUAUAAAAAUAAAUGUUGACAUAAAUAAAUCUCACUUGCCACAGGAAACAAAAUAUUUUGUAAUGAGUGGUUCUAUGUAGAGAAAUGUUUUUGUUAUGGUGUAAUAGUUAAGUUUGUCAUCAUUUGUGUAUAAAACAUUGCUGCACAAAGGAAAAAUAAAACAAAAUUGUUUCAUCAACAUUAUUUUGAAGGAAUUAGGCAUAAUCUUGAUAAUUUUAGUUUUUUGUGUGACUCGCGUGGUAAUUUAGAGUAGCGAAUUGGUUUAUGUAAACAACAAUGAAUUUAUCAUAGAACAUGUGCAGUUCUAGAAAAAAGGCCAACAUUGCUUUUAUUUUCAAAAUUCCAAACAUGAACACAUUAUCAGUACCUAUAAAACAAGCAUAGGCAUCUAUGAUUUCUUAAUGAAAAUAUGAACAUGUGCAUAAAUUCACAAUAUACUUCUUUGAUGUUAAUUGAGGUGUCUAAGAAUAUCAACAUUUAGCUUUUUAUUCCCACUUUCUGCGCUGUUGAUGAGUGUAUGUAAAUUUGACAUAAGAUGAGUGUUGGGUAUCCAAUAUGUGCUGUACUUCUAAUGUGCUGUGCAUUUUAAACUGUGUCCGAGUUUUAUUUUUGUAUUACAUCACUGGUUACAUAGGAUAAAUGUAAUUUCAACUUUCCCUGGAGAUUUAUGUAUAUAACCUUUGCUUUUUAAAUUAUUCUUGAUCCAGAGUUUAUAUGUCCACAAUAGUUCCACUGUAACAAUAUUAUGAAAAGGAUAGUUGCUACUCACCAUAUAGUG